GGGGAACCUUGUCAGUGCUUUGAAUCCCUAGAUUGCUCUAGCGGUGAAACUAGACAGAUUAGGAGCUGGGGCACAUUUGGCUGAAAGACAGCUCUUUUGCUUUCUUCUUAUACUGCUUCCCCUUCCUCUUUUCCCAAAUAGAUAUGUAAACACAUGUAUUUUCCUGUUUAAAUUUAGCGAAUUGGUCCUCUGCCUGUGCCUUGAUUUAGCUAUUGGGCUGAGCCUGGCUUUUCCCUUCCCUACUCGGAUAGGAGCCACUGGGAUCUGGAGCUCCAGCUUCCAAAUUGAAGCUGGCCUCAGGCCAGGUGACCUUUUCUUUGCACUGACUCGGCACAGGAUUCUCUCGCCCGGGCAUCUCCUCCAGUGGGAUCCGCCAGCACGUCCAGCCGCACCAUGUGGGUGACCAAACUUCUGCCAGUCCUGCUGCUGCAGCAUGUCCUCCUCCAUCUCCUUCUGCUUCCCAUCGCCAUCCCCUAUGCAGAGGGACAGAAGAAAAGAAGAAAUACACUUCAUGAAUUCAAAAAAUCAGCAAAGACUACUCUAAUCAAAGAAGACCCAUUUCUGAAGAUAAAAACCAAAAAGAUGAACACUGCAGACCAGUGUGCUAAUAGAUGUAUUAGGAAUAAGGGACUUCCUUUCACUUGCAAGGCCUUUGUUUUUGAUAAAACAAGAAAACGAUGCCUCUGGUUCCCUUUCAAUAGUAUGUCAAGUGGAGUGAGAAAAGAGUUUGGCCAUGAAUUUGACCUCUAUGAAAACAAAGACUACAUUAGAAACUGCAUCAUUGGUAAAGGAGGCAGCUACAAGGGAACUGUAUCUAUCACUAAGAGCGGCAUCAAAUGCCAGCCCUGGAAUUCCAUGAUACCACACGAACACAGCUUUUUGCCUUCGAGCUAUCGGGGUAAAGACCUACAGGAAAACUACUGUCGAAAUCCUCGAGGGGAAGAAGGGGGACCGUGGUGUUUCACAAGCAAUCCAGAGGUACGCUACGAAGUCUGUGACAUUCCUCAGUGUUCAGAAGUUGAAUGCAUGACCUGCAAUGGGGAAAGUUAUCGAGGGCCCAUGGAUCACACAGAAACAGGCAAGAUUUGUCAGCGCUGGGAUCAUCAGACGCCACACCGGCACAAAUUCUUACCCGAAAGAUAUCCCGACAAGGGCUUUGAUGAUAAUUAUUGCCGCAAUCCUGAUGGCAAGCCGAGGCCAUGGUGCUAUACUCUUGACCCUGACACCCCCUGGGAGUACUGUGCAAUUAAAAUGUGUGCUCACAGUCCUGUAAAUGAUACUGAUGUCCCUACGGAAACAACUGAAUGCAUUCAAGGUCAAGGAGAAGGUUACAGAGGCACCAUCAAUACCAUUUGGAACGGAAUUCCAUGUCAACGUUGGGAUUCUCAGUAUCCUCACCAGCAUGACAUAACUCCUGAAAAUUUCAAGUGCAAGGACCUAAGAGAAAACUAUUGCCGAAAUCCAGAUGGGGCUGAGUCACCCUGGUGUUUUACCACUGAUCCAAACAUCCGAGUUGGCUACUGCUCCCAAAUUCCAAACUGUGAUGCGUCAAGUGGACAAGAUUGUUAUCGUGGGAAUGGCAAAAACUAUAUGGGCAAUUUAUCCAAAACAAGAUCUGGACUAACGUGUUCAAUGUGGGACAAGAACAUGGAAGAUUUACACCGCCAUAUCUUCUGGGAACCAGAUGCUAGCAAGCUGAAUAAGAAUUACUGCCGCAAUCCCGACGAUGAUGCCCACGGCCCCUGGUGUUACACGGGGAAUCCGCUCAUUCCCUGGGAUUAUUGCCCUAUUUCUCGUUGUGAAGGUGAUACCACACCUACAAUAGUGAAUUUAGACCAUCCUGUAAUAUCUUGCGCCAAAACAAAACAAUUGCGAGUUGUAAAUGGGAUUCCAACACGAACAAAUGUGGGAUGGAUGGUUAGUUUGAAAUACAGAAAUAAACAUAUCUGCGGAGGAUCAUUGAUAAAAGAAAGUUGGGUUCUAACCGCAAGACAAUGUUUCCCUUCUAGAAACAAAGACUUGAAAGAUUAUGAAGCUUGGCUUGGAAUUCAUGAUGUCCAUGGAAGAGGAGAUGAGAAACGCAAACAGGUUCUCAAUGUUUCCCAGCUAGUAUAUGGACCCGAAGGAUCAGAUCUGGUUUUACUAAAGCUUGCUAGGCCUGCUGUUCUAGACGAUUUUGUUAGUACGAUUGAUUUACCUAAUUAUGGAUGCACAAUUCCUGAAAAGACCACUUGCAGUGUUUAUGGCUGGGGCUACACCGGAUUGAUCAACUCUGAUGGUUUGUUACGAGUAGCACAUCUCUACAUCAUGGGAAAUGAGAAAUGCAGCCAGCAUCAUCAAGGGAAGGUGACUCUGAAUGAGUCAGAAAUAUGUGCUGGGGCUGAAAAGAUCGGAUCAGGACCGUGUGAGGGGGAUUAUGGUGGCCCACUUGUUUGUGAACAGCAUAAAAUGAGAUUGGUUCUUGGUGUCAUUGUUCCUGGUCGUGGAUGUGCCAUUCCAAAUCGUCCCGGUAUUUUUGUCCGGGUAGCAUAUUAUGCAAAAUGGAUACACAAAAUUAUUUUAACAUAUAAGGUACAACAGUCAUAGCUGAAGUAAGUGUGUCUGAAGCAUCCAUCAAUACAGCUCUCUUUUACAUGAAGAUUUCAGAGAAUGUGGAAUUAAAAUGUCACUUAAAACAAUCCUAAGACAACUACUUGAGAGUCAUGUUUGUUAAAAUACUCAUUAAUAUUUGUGGGUGUUUUCUGUUGUUUUGUUUGUCAGUGUUAUUUUGUAAAUGUUGAAAUGAGUUAAGGUACAUGCAAGUGUAGUAACAUAUUUCCUGAAGAUACUUGAAUGGAUUAAAAAAUGCAAAGGUAUAAUUUCUGGAUGAUAAAAGAUUUAAUAGAAAAGAUCAAUUAAUCUCUCCACGCGCUGCUUUCCAAGGUUAGUUUCUUAAUGAUGAAUAAACCAUAAGUUAAAUGUAACUUUAACCUCACCAAAACAAUUACACCUUAGGUCCUUAAAUUGUAACUCUGUAUUAAAUUAUAUUACAUU